AUGAAGCGCACAGCAGAAGAGAGGCCGUCAAUUGAUGGCAAUGGACCGCCAGAGUCCAAAAAGCGCGCUCUUUCCAGCGAGGAAGCUGCUGCGCGGUUCCGCGACGGUUUGUUCGAUCCUGCGGAGCAGCAGCAGUACACUGAUUCCUAUGCUAAGUCGAGCCCUUACUACCACGGCGUCAUUCACCCCCUGAUCGAAGACUCGCUACUGCGAUCCGUCCGCGAGGAGAUUCAAAAACACCUCCAUUUCACCGAGAAGGAAACCGAUAUCUACAAGAUCUUCCAGUCUGGUGAUCUGGCCAAUUUGGAUGGCCUCGAUGACUCCUCGCUGUCCAAGCUGCCGUCAUUGCUCAAGCUGCGCGAUGCCAUGUACUCGGCGCGCUUCCGUGGGUACUUGUCGUCUGUGACCGGCUCCGGCAAGCUCAGUGGAAAGAAGACUGACAUGGCCAUCAACAUCUACACCGAGGGAUGUCAUCUUCUGUGCCAUGACGAUGUCAUUGGCAGCCGUCGAGUCAGCUAUAUUCUCUACCUUACCGACCCCGAUACCCCGUGGCAAGCCGAGUGGGGUGGUGCUUUGCGUCUCUAUCCUACCAAGACAGAGAAGGAUGCCAAGGGCGAGGACGUCAAGAUCCCCAGCCCCGAUUUUAGCCUUUCCAUUCCGCCCGCCUUCAACCAGCUGAGCUUCUUCACCGUUCAGCCCGGCGAGAGUUUCCACGAUGUCGAGGAAGUGUACCACCACCGCGAAGGCGAGGACAAGUCCAAGAAGCGGGUGCGCAUGGCUAUCAGUGGAUGGUUCCACAUCCCCCAAGAGGGAGAGGAUGGAUACGAGGAAGGAUUGGAGGAGAAGCUGGCUGAGCGCAGCAGUCUCGCGCAGCUACAGGGCCGUGGUGACAUGUACGAUCUGCCUCAGCCCCAGCCCGUGCCUUGGGAAGAGCCCGAGGUGCAGGGUAAGGGCAAGGGCAAGGUGGAAGAGCAGGCUGAGGGCAACGAGUUUACCGAGUCCGACCUGGAGUUUCUGGUACAAUACCUUGCGCCGUCCUACUUGACUCCCGACAUUGCGGAGGAGAUGUCAGAUACCUUCGCAAGCGAGUCUUCGCUCAGUCUCGAGCGCUUCCUCAAUGAGAAGUUUGCUUCUCGGGUUAGUGCUUACAUCGAGGAGCAGGAGAGGCAGAAACUGCCCGCCUCUGCUCAGGAGAUCAAGGAUCAGACUGAGUGGACUGUCGCUCAGCCCCCACACAAACACCGCUAUCUCUAUCAACAGGCCUCGUCCGAGGACAACAGCAACCCCAUUAAGGAGUUGUUGAAUGUCCUUUUCCCUUCUCAGCCUUUCCGCAAGUGGCUGGCACUUAUCACUGGUGUGGAUCAUCUCAAAAGCCACAACUUGCUUGCCCGUCGCUUCCGCCGUGGUGCAGACUAUACCUUGGCCAGCGGAUAUGAUGGCGAGGAGCCGCGCUUGGAGUUCACUCUCGGUCUUACUCCGACAACUGGGUGGGAGAAGGAGGCUGAGGAGGAAGAGGAGGACGACGAUGAGGACGGAUCGUCAGCAAAACCUUCCGAGCCUAAGGACAAGUCCAACGGCGAGGCUGCGGAGCAUCCUGCUGUUGGUGGCUACGAGAUCUACAUGGCCGGUGACGAGGAAGAGGACGACGAAGAAGAUGAGGAGAACGCGGAUCAAGUCCUCGGGCCCAAGAAGAAGAAGGCCGACCCCGCCAUCUACCGAGCUUCCGGAGACGAGGACGAUGGAAUUCUCUUCAGCACACAGGCCGGCUGGAACAGACUGAGCAUUGUGCUUCGGGACAACGGUACUCUGAAGUUCGUCAAGUAUGUCAGCGCCAACGCCAAGGGUGACCGAUGGGAUAUCACCGGUGAGAUUGGAGUUGAGUUUGAGGACGAUGACGAAGAUGACGAAGAUGACGAAGACGAUGAAGAAAUGGAUGAUGAGGACGAGGAUGAAGAAUAA